AUGGACAGGCAUCCUGUGGCAAUUUCGGCAGCCACCGGUUCGAUUUCGUCCACUCUUUUCUUUCUCCUAAGGGAUUUGUUCACUCAGGCCCCGGGACCAACUCCGCCACCUAUAGGCUUGCCUUUGGAUUUCAGCUGCCCGGUCUGCCCUGAUUGCUGCCUUUGGAUUGAACGGCAAGCUCUACAGGGUCCUUGGAUGAGUGGCACCCGAGCUGGCAUUCUAGCCGAGCUCGUUGCCAUCCGUGAGGACUUGGUGAGUUUGGCUGACCGACUGGACAGGCUUCAGGCCCAGGUGGAAGGUCUUGGUGUUGAGGAUUUUGAGUUGGUAGACGGGGGCUCCGUCCGUGGUUUGCCUGCUGGAGUUGCCGCCAAAGCUGCUCCAGCUCCUCUGACCUCGGAUCGUGAAAGGACCUCUGCUGCUGAGCAGACAGGGCGCUUCUUUGUGCGCUGCUUGGCCAAUCUUCCUGGUGGUGAUAGCGGCAGAAGCCGUGUGAAACUCCAGAACCGGCUCUACGUGGUGGUGCGAUCCAUUCGCGGACAGGUUUUCAAUCCUGUUCGUGUGCUCAGCCGUUUCUCUAAGGCCAGGGAGUUGGUCACUGAGACUGGUGUGGGUAGCAAUUUUGGUGAUUCAAUUUUUGCUGGAUUUGCAUCGCAGUGGGAAGCUAAGAUUGCUGUUCAAGAGGUUGCCCUAGUUGCCUUUGACGAUCAGAAAGGUUUUCUAGUUGCUUUGCCUGCAUCGGCUUGGGACAAAAGAGUUGACAAAAGAAAGCUCAAGCCAGGCACCAUCAACAAGGUGCUCAAAGUUGCCGUUGGUGGAAGCACAGAAGAGGACCGUCUGCAGGCUUCUGAGGGCAAAACUAUAAACAGCUGGAUUGGCUGGCUUUCGGAGGCAUUUGUUCCUUCGAUCAGUUUUGGUGAAGAAGUGGCUACCUCUGGGUUUGUAGACAGGGACUCAGGGGAUCCAUGCUUUCCUUUUGCGGAAGCCUUGGUGGAAGCAGCGAAAGACAAGUUUCAAGUUCGCCACCCUGGCGAGGAAGAAGUUCCUCCCGAUCGUUUGACUGCUCUGGAGAACCAGUUUGGUCAACUUCGGGGAAGCCUAGAAGAGUUGUUAAAGUUUCACCGAGCCGGAGGAGGAGGAGGAUCUGGCUAUGUCACUGCAGAAGAAGUUCCAGGCGGCUUAUCCAAGAGUCCUCCAAAAACUGCAGGCAAAGUCAAGGCGAAGGCCAAAGUGAAAGGCCCUCCAGUUGGCCCCCCUCCGGGUCUGGGAGCAGUUCACGAUUUUCCAGGUCUCGAUCCAGGGACCGUUGCUGCAGCCCUGCAAGCUGGUGUUCCUCGGUCUCAGCUGGAAACAAUCAGUCGAGUAACUCUCGGCCGACCGGCCAAGCUGGGCGAUUUCCCUGCCGAGGAGGAGGCUGCAGAUGGCGAUGGAUCAGUCAUGGAAGUCGGGCAAGAGCAAGAAGACAUGCCUGCGGAUCCGAUGGCCAGAGCAUUGGUUCAGUUGACGACCAUAGUGGGCCACCUCUCGAAGAAAGCCAAGUUGGACCCCUUGGAGGAUGCCUUAGAAGGCCUCUCAGGAUCUGGGUCUGUGGAGCAGCCAAGCGGUUUAGCCAGGAAGCAUGCCGCUUUGAUUGCAGCUUUGAAAAAGACUUUCAAAGAAAAUCCAAAACGAAUCUGGGAGAUCAUCGAGUCCAACAUGGCCGACGAAUUCGAUCUCAGAGUGUCCCAACCCAAUGUACCGGGACUCUCCUUCACUGCGAGAGGCUGGGCCGAGCAUCGGUCACGCAUUAUGGGUUAUGCUCGGAGUGUGAGGGCAACAUGGACUCUCAGUGGAGUGCUCGAUGCACUCCGGAAUGGAUGUGUCGACGAAGCCCGAGCAAGGUGCUGCUUAGGACUAGCACAGCUGGAGCAGGAGAGUUUGGAUCAUGGAAGCUUCCUUCUAGCUCAAGAAUUCUCAUUGGAGCCGCCAGCUCCCUUGUCGUCUUUCCAAGCUCACGCCUUGCCCGAUGUCACCGAAAUGCCACACACGAGACUUAUGGACUCUCGUUGGGUGGAUGCAUUCGCCCAUCGACUGAAAGAGGUGGACAAUUACGUGGAGAUGCGCAAGAAGUUGGGGCAGAAGUCAAAAGCAGCUCCAGCUAUCCCAUCUCAUCCACCGAAAACAGGUGGCAACGCGAAGGGCAAAGGCACGUCCGGCCAUGCACUUGCGGACUCACGAGUGGAUGAAGGUGACCCUUUGCCGGGCUCUUCUACCUCUCAGCCUCUGGCUCUAUUCGGUCGGGGGAAGCCGGAAUCCGCUCAGAGGUCCGCUCAGCAUGGUGCCGUUGACAAGCCCGGCAGCGUAUGUCGGCUUUCGAGCGAUGAGGGCAUUUUGCCCGAGGUGCAGUUGGGUGAUGACUCUUCAGCCAGGGUUCCAAAGCAUAUCCCUGGUGCUGGGGCGUCCUCCAUCAGAAUUUGGGCAUCUUGGAGCAAUUGGCAUCAAGAUCUUUUUGCUUCUUCGACUCCUUUCAGUCGUUUUUACAAGGCACAGUGUUCAAGGUGGCUAGCAGCUAAUAGCCAAGCUGUGAGAGAAGAGGACCAAGUUUGGCCGAUGCCUCUGCCGUACAGAUGUUUUGCUGGAAAGGGCAUUUGUGAUAGGGAAAGAGGCUUUCGCAGGCUUUUGAAUCUGCAAGUUUCUUAUCUCAAUUUCCUCCACUUGGGAGGUCGAAGCCCACCUUCUGGCAUUUGUGGCCCUACGCCACUUAGUUCCAAGCAAAAGGAGGUAGUGGCCAGACUACGGCGCCUCUCUGAGGCAUGGAGUCUUCUUGAUGAACUUCAUGCGGCUGAUAUGGGCCGAACUGCAGCCAAGCAGGAGAAACAAGAACAAGUUCUCGGCUGCCUCACCAAGAUGUGCACUGCGGCUGUGGGUGACCUGAAAAAGUAUCGUCUGCAGCGCUCUUGUGUAACUCAAGGUCAUGAGAAGGAUGACUUAGGCAUCAUCAUUGACGACUUCGUCAUCAUGCAAAAGGUUUCGUGGGAUGCUCAGGAGCUCUACAUGGUUGAUGCUUCCAACUGGGGGGAUGCCGUUGCUGACGAACUUCCUGAAGGCGAAGUUGCCUAUGAAGAGCAUCCUGUUUGGGAGUCUGCUGCUCGUUGUUUGGAUUUCAGUCUUGUCUGGAAGCGUCGUGCAAAGUCUCAACGUCACAUCAACGUGGGUGAAAUGAGGGCGUAUUUGAAGGCUGAGGCGGUUGCUGGGCUAAGGGCGUGUGAUCAGCGCGUGCCUGUGGGUGGUGAUUCCCAAGUGGUCAUCGGUGCAGUGUGCAAAGGGCGUAGUGCUUCGGAGUGUCUUAAUGAAGAAUUGCGUCGCAGUCUUCCUCAGCUUUUGGGUAAUGGUAUUUACAGUACCCCUGGGUAUGUUCGUUCUGCUCACAAUCCUGCUGAUGACCCCACUCGUGGAAAGUCUUUGCGUUCUCCUUCUUGUUGUUUGCCCCAAUGGUGGAUUGAUGCUGAUUUGGGAGAUUUCUCUGGCAUUGACGAGUUUUUGUCCAGCUGCGAUUUGCUUCCUGAACAGUUGGCUGGCUAUGACAGUUUGGCAAAGCUCAAUUUGAAAGAGCCUGAUCUCCUUGACAAAUCCAUUUGCAGCUCAAGGCAUCGCAAGCAAAAGAUUUCUGUAAAAGAAAAAUUGAGAAGUCGAAAGGCCUCUGAAGUCAGCAACAAUGUUUCACCUUCAGAUGAACCCUAUCCCUGGUCUCAAGAAAUUUAUGACAUCUUUUGA